AUGCCUGAAAAUGAAAAUGCCUAUGGUGUUUAUGGUCAAUUGCCACCUUCUACCCCUACCCCCAAUACUAACCUUAUUCCUAACAACAAGUACCUUCGCAAAAAUUACAACCCUGUGGCUUAUGUUACUGUCCCUCGGGAUAAUACUGAUGACGACAACAACAAUAAUAACAGUCAUCGCUAUAAUAGUGGUAGUUCUGACGACCACUAUUACAGAGGUGACAAUACUUAUGACAACGACAAUAAUAAUAAUAAUAAUAAUAAUAAUGAGUAUUAUAUUAGUGGCAACACUUACAACCACUAUUAUAGAGGUGACAAUACGUAUGACAAUAAUGACGACAACAACAACAACUACCAAUAUCACAAUGCCGACAGGGCUGGCUCUAAGGUCACGAUCAGUUCCAUCGAGCCAUCCCUAAAUGGAGACAACCACGAAUACUACUACAUCAACAACCAUCAAGAACAAAGUCCCAACACAUAUGAAAAUUCAAGAGAAUUUGCAAACUUCUAUGUUGCUAACAAUGAGUUAAGCAACAACAACUACAAUAACUUUGUGAACUAUGAGAAUGAAGAAGAGUUCCAAGAUGAAGAGCACAUGCCUUGA